CCCAGGACUCCCUGCAGAGCCAGUCGGGGUGGGUGCCUCUCCUGCUGGCCCUCCUCCACGAGUACACAGCUAGCAACUCCCCCUGGCAGCCUUACUUCUCCCUCUGGCAGGACUUCAGGAGCCUGGAUCACCCCAUGUUCUGGCCUGAAGAAGAGCGAAGGCGGCUCCUGCAGGGCACAGGCAUCCCAGAAGCUGUGGACAGGGACCUGGCUAACAUCCACCUGGAGUACAGCUCCAUCAUCCUGCCUUUCAUGGAGUCUCACCCCAACAUCUUUGACCCCAAGCUGCACACACUGGAGUUGUACAAGCAGCUGGUGGCAUUUGUCAUGGCCUACAGCUUUCAGGAACCUUUGGAGGAGGAAGAUGAAGAUGAGAAGGGCCCCAAUCCUCCCAUGAUGGUGCCUGUAGCAGAUAUUUUGAACCACGUGGCCAACCACAAUGCCAACCUGGAAUACUCCCCUCAAUGUUUACAAAUGGUUACAACACAGCCCAUCAGCAAAGGACAAGAGAUCUUCAACACCUAUGGGCAGAUGGCCAACUGGCAGCUCCUACACAUGUAUGGCUUCGCAGAGCCGUACCCUGGCAACACCAACGACACGGCUGACAUCCAGAUGGUGACAGUACGCAAGGCAGCGCUGCAGCGGGCAAGAAGCAAAGCACAGCAGCAGCUGGUCUCAGAGCAGUGGGACUUCUUGUGCCAGCUGGAGAUGGUGGGGGAGGAAGGUGCCUUUGUGCUGGGCUGGGAUGAGGUGCUGACAGAGGAAGAGCUGGCUGUGACCCUGAAGGUGCUCUGCAUGUCAGAAGAAGAGUUCAAGGAGUACAAGGAACAAGAUGGCUGGGAAGAUGACAGUGAGGAAGAACAACACUCUCUCCUCUCUAACAAGGCUCUCUCCAGACUUAAAACCCCUUGCAAGAAGCUCCUUUAUGACAGUGUGCUGCUGACCCUGGAGUCCUACGGGUCAGACUUGAAAGCAGAGCAGGACUUACUAAAUAACAAGGAGACUUACGAGAAACUGAGUCGAAGGGAGCAGCAAGCUUUGCAUGUGCGCUAUGGACAGAAAAAGAUCUUGCAUCAGCUGCUAGAGCUGGUACACUAGAAACCUCGCUGCCUCUGGAAAUGAACUGCCUGGAACUGUGCCUAGGAAGGGAAGGUCACCUUCUGGCCAUCUCUCCUACAGCAGUGAGAACAGAGAGCAAGAUUAAAUAUAAAUAUGGGCCUACUUGUCCCUCCAAUGGCAUAUGGCUUUUUAGCUACCUCUGCAUAAACAAAAGUAUCUUCCACAGCACAGAA